CUUUAUAGUGCACUCUGUGCACUAUUUUUUUUAAAUGAAUGAUAUUUGGGAUUUCGCCAAGGGCAACCUUCAGUGGAGCCACGAGUGGCGGCUCAGUUUAGAGUCACGGUUGAUUUUGUAUGUAUGGUGACAGUUAGGUUGUUUAAAAAUGCUGCCGAAUUGUAGGAAAGCCUUUGCUUUCGGAAUACAAAGAAAUAAUUCUCGACUUUUUUCUGCUUGUCAAACGAGUGCCAAAAAAGGUUUAGUUCUGGGUGUGUAUGAAAAAGAUAAAGAUGACAACAGCGUGUGUCUAACCGAAGCAGCUGCUGCGUUUGACAGAUCGGUAUCAGGAAAACUCAGUGAGAUUCUGUCAGUAUCUGGACCUCCUUUAAAGAAGGGAAAGAGCCGGAUAUUUUACGGAUUACACCAGGACUUCCCGAAUGUUGCAGUUGUAGGUCUUGGCCAGAAAGGAGCAGGAGUGUGCGGGAAGGAGCACUGGGAUAACAGCAAGGAGAAUAUCCGAGCAGCUGUAGCAGUUGGAUGCAGGCAGCUUCAGGACCAGGAGAUUCCUCAUGUGGAGGUGGACCCCUGUGGAGACAGUCAGUCAGCAGCAGAGGGUGCCGUUCUCGGUCUGUUCGAGUACAAUGAGCUUAAAAGCAAGAAGAAGACCCAUGUCACUCCGAGACUGUACGGCAGUGGAGAUGAUAAAGCGUGGGAGAAGGGCGUUCUCUACGGAGAGGGGCAGAACCUGGCCAGGAGAUUGAUGGAGGCUCCAGCCAAUCACGUUACGCCUACGUUUUUUGCCGACACGAUCGAACAGAAGCUGUCUCCCUUCUCAGACAAAGUGACUGUCCAUAAAAGAGCCGAGUCAUGGAUCGAGGCUGAGCAGAUGCGAGCAUUUCUCAGUGUGUCCAAAGGCUCAGUCGAGCCCCCAGUCUUCCUGGAGCUGCACUACACUGGAAACCCAGAUUCCACCCAGGCGCCUUUAGUGCUUGUAGGCAAAGGAGUCACUUUUGACAGUGGUGGAAUCUCCAUUAAACCCUCCUCUGGUAUGGAUGCCAUGAGGGCGGAUAUGGGCGGAGCCGCUACCGUGUGUUCAGCCAUCGUCACGGCAGCUGCUCUCAAACUGCCAAUCAACAUCGUAGGUUUAACCCCUCUCUGUGAGAACAUGCCUAGCGGAAAAGCUAACAAACCAGGAGAUGUCAUAAAGGCGAAGAACGGCAAAACCAUCCAGAUUGAUAACACUGACGCUGAGGGUCGUUUGAUUUUGGCUGAUGCCCUGUGCUACGCUCAUAACUUCAACCCCAGGGCUAUAGUCAAUGCCGCCACUCUUACGGGUGCUAUGGAUGUCGCCUUGGGUUCUGCUGCUACAGGUGUUUUCACUAACUCUGACUGGCUUUGGGAACGGCUGCAUAAGGCAAGUGUUAUCACGGGAGACCGGGUGUGGAGGAUGCCUCUGUUCCAGCAUUACACCAGACAAGUCACAGAAAGUGCUCUGGCAGACUUGAACAAUGUUGGAAAAUAUAGCCGCUCAGGUGGUGCGUGUACAGCCGCUGCGUUCCUGCAGGAGUUCGUAACGGCUGGUCAUUGGGCUCAUCUGGAUAUCGCCGGGGUGAUGUCCAACAAGGAUGAAGUGACCUACCUGCGGAAGGGAAUGUCCGGGAGACCCACGAGGACACUCGUCGAGUUUGCUGCUGCUUUGGCAUCCGAGUCUUAAAAAGUGUCCAAGUUAAAAAUUCCUAACGGUUUUUUUUGGGGGGGGGGGGGGGGGUAGAAUUUGAAUUUUUUUUCCCCCCUAAUUAUACAAAGUAGUCAAAGCAGUAGAUAAUGAUGAUCAUGCCAGCAAUUGUUCAAACACGUUUUAUCAUAAAAAUUGCAUUUUGUAACAAGUCCUCCACUCAUUUUUUUAUGUGUGUCUAAUGUCUGGUUUAGCUGGCUUCAGACGAAAGAUAAUCAUGAAUAAAUGUUUCUUAAUGUCGAA